AUGCUUUUCCUCAAGGCCCUCGGACUCCUCCCCUUCGUCGCCAUGGCAUUGGCCGGUCCGUCCAAGUUCGCCAACACCUGCCGAAAUAUCGACGGCGACGGCACUACUCUGCGAGCCCAGUGCCAGGAAAGGAAGGAUGGGCAGCUGAGAUUCAGCAACAUUGAUCUGAACCGGUGUAUCAAGAAUGAUAAGGGCAAGCUCAAGUGCGGAAAGAACGGUCACUACUCCGGCUCUUGCAUCAACUGCAGUCUUCGUGGAACCGCCGAUUUCACCUGUCAUUGUCGCGACUCGGAGCGUAACCACGACUACGUCGCUACGACCCUUGAUCUCAACAAAUGCAUCAGCAAUGACCACGGCGAGCUUCGCUGCUAG